AUGAACGCAGAGGACGGACCCAGAAGAGCGCCGUUGCCCGGGACUCCAGGUGGCGUCGCUCGAGAGCCCAGCGGGUCAGCUGCACUGUCGUUCCAACUGGCGUCGCUGCCGAUGGGGUCACGAGGCGCCGGAGUAGCUCCUCCGCAGCCGCCACCACAGCAGCCCUGGGCCGUGCCCAAGCAUCAGGAGAGCUUUGUGCCGUCUGGGGAGUACGUGUCGGCGGGGGUACCGUUUUGGGCGGCGAUACCGCCGGAGCCCCCAAUGGCGGGCUCCCUCACCUGGUGGGCUCCGGACGCAUCAACCGCCACAGCGCCUCCCUUCGCGUUAAGAACUGGAGCCUACGCGAACUUGCAGGGCUAUCCGGUGCCGUCAGUUGCCGUCGAACCGGCGGGGUGGUACUGGCCACCGCCACCGCCCCCGCCACCGCCACCGCCACCGCCUCUGUCUGAGGCUGGCUUUCCGGGCGGAGCGCCAGACUGGGAAGAAGAAGAACGCCGAGUCGUCGCGUUUGCUUUGCUCGGUCUGCGUGACGGCGCAGCAGUGAGCACGGAGCUAGCAUGGACGGCUGCUGCACUUUUGCCUCGCAGCGCCUACUCGUCGACCAGGAUGCAGCACCGCCAGAGUCGCCGGCGCCUUCGCGAAGCGCAGCGCCUUUAUCGCGGCGAUGCCCCGCUUUUUGGUGUACCUUAUGGCCUACCUGGUGUCUUCUGGCAUGCAUCAGCUCCAGACGCGUCCGACACGGCUGCGGAUGACCACGGCAUCGACGACGCGGAUGGCAACGCAGCAGCUACGGAAACACGCAAAUGCCCCGCACCCGCCGAAACUGCACAGCUCAAAAUACUCUGGCGGGAGGAGGCCAAUCGACGAACGAUGCCAGGCCGUGGCUUUCUCACGGUAUUUCGGAUCCUCGGCGGACAGGGAGAGUUUCUGCGGCUCUUUGAAGAUAUCCCCGAUUGGGCCGUAACCGACGAGGCGCCUGGAUCACGAGAUGUGAGCGAACCUCCCGAACCCGACGAACGCGAUACGUACCCGGUACCCGAGGCGGGUGUGCCGCCACCGCCAGUGCCCAAGUCUGGCGCUGGCGGGCGGCGUCGGGUGCCAAACCCGGCACCCUCGGGAACAGCGCCAGCGGCCGUCCGCGGCCGUGGCGGCAACCUAGAGCGACUCCUGGGGCCUGGCACCGAUGUUGCUUUCCGAGUCAAAGACGAAGAAGGCGAGUGGAACUGGAUCCUAGGCACUGUUUGCAGUUAUCUGCCAGAGGAACGGAAGUACCGCAUUGCGGACCGAGGCGAAGAGAUGGUCGAGGCAUUCGAGCAGCGCGGUGAGGAGCUGAGCCAGCCAAAGCACCGCCUGGACAGCGGCAAGUAUCGGCUUUAUCAGGUUGCCCGUUCUCGCGUUCGUCCGCUACCAUCUGCGGCAGCCGCCAAUCUCCGCCUUCGCCCAUCGAUGAAAGUGCUGGCCCUGUAUCCAGGGACAAGUGCGCUCUAUCCAGCAACGGUCGUGGAGUCAGCAGAAACGGUUAUGCAGGAAACAGAUGCUCCCCACGGCAUGGCAUACAAGCUUAUUUUCGAAAAUGAGGACGAAGAAGAGGGAUCUGAGAGCGAGCAUUCUGGCGAAGAGCUGGGAUCUAGGGAUCUCAUGGAGGCUGUUCCCUACAAGUACGUGCAUGCGCGUUUUGUUCUACCACUGCUUUGA